UAGUUAGUAAUAAACAAACCGCUGACCGGGAAGCAUUGAUUGACACACACAAAAUUUAUAUAAAACAAACAAAGAGAAAACCUGAAAAAAUGUCACCAUUUAAGCUGAUGCUUCAGCUUCUUCUCCUCGGCAUUGUGCUAGUUUCUGGAAAGUAUCGCUAUCACAGGAAGUACAAAUACUCUCCGGAGUUGAUAAGCGAGCUAAAAGACUUUGAGAAACUGAUUCCCAGUGUCACCAUCGAUGAAAUUGUCGCCGAGCACAUGAUUACGGAUUCGGGCUUUCGCAAAGCCAUAAAGUUUUUGCGCAGCUCCGAUUUCAAGAGAUUACAACAGCGCAUUGAGUCUCUGCCAGAAGUUGUAGAUCUAAUUAACUUUGUUCAUCUGAAUGACACGGCCUCAGAAAAAGAGCAAAAACACUGGCAUCAUCAUUUCAAUUUCAUCAGGCAUCGUCGAUCGGUUGAUGACGAUCUCAGGGAGGAGAUCUUUGUGGUGCUACUUGAACCUAAUUCAGAGACCACACAGUUGAGCUCCUUUACGAGCUUUGUGCAGGAACUACUCACGCAUCUGCCCCGAGAUCGAUUUGUGGCCUUAAUAAAUGAAAAACGCCAGCGAAGCCCCAUAUUUGCAAAGUUUUAUGAGGCACUGAAAAGUCCAGAGUUUAAGACAAAGUCCGAAGCAGCCUGGAAAACAACUAAUGUACAGAGCGUGGUUCGGGAGCUCUCGGGACAUGCCAUCGAUGCUCAGGACCUAAAAACAAUUGGCUACGAAGUCAUCUCCUGGGGUCCAACGUAGUGUAAGAACUCCUCCUGCGUUUAAGUCUAAUAAAAUCAAAACUCAAUGGUAGUGUUAGCCAAAGUCGAA